AUGAAGCCUGCCAUGCUUUACUCUUUGCGCCGCUUUCUUUGCUUUUCCGCUUCCAAACGACGGGAAACUGAUUCCCCCAAGGUGGACGGAAAAGAAGGUGCUCCUCGACCGAGACUAGCUGUUAUACCAGCUAUUCAGUCAGAGACGGCUCGCAUUGCGAAUCCUUGCGUACAGAGACAACACAGCGUGCAGUCCAAGAUCUCCGAUUCUUCUCCAAGUUGUAUAUCCAACACAGACACCGAGACAACGACUAUAUCAGACGGAAAUACCAGAGCAACAACAGUCUCUGUCGUUACAGCUCCCUCCUCACCACUCUACAAAACGUCUGUCAAGUCCACCACAGGAUUGGAUACUAUCACACCGUAUAUUCCCAUUCUGCAGACAGAUGGCACUCUGCAGGCCCCACAGCUGACCUUCGACGGUUAUGGCUCCUUCGGGGGCCGGUUCGCACCUGAAUCUAUAAUGGGAUUCCUUUACGAGCUGACAUCAUUCUUUGAAGCCACGGUCUCCGACCCCUCAUUCUGGGAAGAAUAUGCCACGUUCCAGCGUGCUCCGACGCCACUACACAUGGCUUCAAAAUUGACCACUCUGGCGGGAGGUGCUACCAUAUGGCUGAAGCGAGAAGACCAGAAUGAAUAUGGCACUCACAAAUCCCGCAACAUCAUCGGCCAGCUUCUGCUAGCUAAACGCAUGGGCCGUUCAGAGAUCGUCACCGAUUGUGCCUCUGCCAAACACGGUAACUUCACAGCUGCAAUGUGCGCUCGCCUGGGAUUGCGCUGUGUGGUCGUCAUGGGUGCAGAUGACGCUAAGGCCCAAGAGGAGGACGUGCUCGAGAUGAAAAUGCUCGGAGCGAAGGUCUUGACGACUCGCACCCCUUCUGGCAUGGGUAGCCUACGCGCGGCCAUCACAGAGGCGCUGCGCUAUUCAGUUUGCAACUACGAGUCUGCGUACUACCUCAUGGGUAGCCCGGUGGGGCCCAGUCCCCUGCCUACCUUGACUCGCACGUUCCAAGCCCUCCUAGGCGAGGAGGUUGCAGCCCAGAUGCAGGCAGUAGGUUGCCAGCCGGACGCCCUUGUCACCGCCGUUGGGAGUGGCAGUGGCGCAGUUGGGCUAUUUAGACCUUUCCUUCAGGAUUCUUCAGUCCGUCUAGUCGGCGUUGAAGCCGAACAAGCCGCUGCUUUGACCAAGGGUGAAUUGGGCGUCCUUCAAGGUGCCCGCACUCUCCUGCUCCAAAGUCCCGAGGGGCAGAUCCUCGACUCACAUUCCAUCUCGCCAGAUAUGAACAUUUCCACUGUGGGUCCUGAAAUUGCUCAUUGGAAGGAGUCUGGCCGUAUCGAAAUUUCCACGGCUACCGACACGGAGGCCCUGGAUGGAUUUAAAACUCUCCGGCGCCACGAGGGGAUCCUCUCGGGCUUGGACUCAAGUCACGCGGUGACAAGGGCUCUUGAUCUUGCUAAAGAGCUUGGUCCUGGGAAAAAUGUGGUUCUGAUGGUGACUGGCUGUGAUAAUAUUGCCAUGCGUGGGAUGGAUGAUCGAUGCGAUUGA